AUAACCUCAGGCUACGUCCAGUUUGACAAUUGCAACUUUGAAAGUGGGCAGCUGCAGAUCCACGCGCCAGGGACGUGCCAGGUGAAGUUCUGCACCUUCAGCCAGUCCAGCAUCCACCUCCGCAGCGUGGCCCUCUGCGUCCUGGAGAACUGCGAGUUCAUUGGCAGUGAGAGCGCCUCUGUAACUGUGGAGGGCUGCCCAAGCUCUGACCGUAACUGGGCCUGCAAGCACCUGGCCAACAUGGCCAAGUCCUGUGCAGUGUCUGUGCAGGAGCCUGACCCAUCUGGCCGCACCGUGGCAAAGCGGGACAGCUGGGGAGAAUCGUUGCUGGGGCCAGUGAGAACAUGUGAGAUUGUUGUAGGGGAAGGACGAAGCAGCUUCCUCUCUGCUGUGGGUGCUCAAGCCCUGCUUGGCUUAGCCCAGGAGGACACUGAACGUGAAGAGAACCUGUGGGCAGCAAAGGAGGAGGAGUACCAGGCCCUUGACUCAAACUCCAGUGACAGUGAUUUACACAGCGAUGAUGACGAGGAUGUUCAGGCUGCGUACAAACUGUCCCACCAAGCCCACAGCCUGAGUCACAUGCUUGCUGAUGUUACGGACAGCAGGCUUCAAAGCAACAGACUGCACGCCUUUCAGAGGGACCUUAAGCUAAAGUCUCUGCAGCAGGAGCUGCAGCAGGACAAGGAGGCCCAGGUUUUGGCCAACUCUCUGCAGGGCUGCAUCAUCCGGCAGUGCCUUUUCAGGGAUGGGAAGGGAGGAAUCUUCAUUCAUUCACGAGGGCAAGCAAAACUGGAAGGAAGCAUCUUCAGGGAUCUGACCUACGCAGUGCGCUGCAUACAAAACAGUAAGGUUAUCAUGCUGAGGAAUGACAUCCACCAUUGCAAAGCAUCAGGGAUAUUCCUCCGCCUGUCGGCUGGGGGGCUGAUUGCAGACAACAACAUCCAUUCCAACUGCGAGGCUGGAGUGGACAUUCGUAAGGGAGCCAACCCCUUUGUUCUGUGCAAUAAGAUACACAGUGGCCUUCGCUCAGGCAUUGUCGUCGUUGGCAACGGAAAAGGCAUCAUCCGUAGCAAUCAGAUCUAUGGGAAUAAAGAAGCUGGCAUUUAUAUUCUGUAUAAUGGAAACCCUGCUGUGAGUGGGAACCAUAUUUUCCAGGGACUGGCUGCUGGAAUAGCAGUGAAUGAGAAUGGGAGAGGCCAAAUCACAGGGAACGUCAUCUGUGAGAACCAGUGGGGCGGGGCAGACAUCCGCCAUGGGGGCGACCCUGUCCUCAGGAACAACCUCAUCUCCUGUGGCUACUCGGAUGGUGUGGUGGUGGGCGAGCGUGGGAAGGGCCUCAUCGAAGGAAACGCCAUCUACGGCAACAAGGGCUGCGGCGUGUGGAUGAUGUCCUCCAGCCUCCCACACCUCAUCAACAACCAGAUCAGCCACAACAGCAUCUAUGGGGUGGCAGUGUUCUGCCGCAAGGACGAUGCUAGUGACUACCCCCCUGGCCAGGGGAGCAGCGAGAGCUUCCAGGAGGAGAGUGCUGGUGGGGAGAACGACCCUGACAGUGAGGAGGAGUGUGCAGCUGCCCAGCAUCCCAUCAGCGUGGCACUGGUGGAGUUGAACAGCAUCAACCACAAUGGAGCUGCUGGGUUGCACGUCAAGAGCAGCGAAGCGCUGAACAUCAUCGCCAACGUAAUUCACGCCAACCAGGAUGGUGGGGUGGCGGUGCUGCAGAGCAGCCAGCUGACGUGCAUCACCAACAACAGCAUUUCCCGCAACAGCCGGGAAGGCGUGCUGGUCGAGGCCGCGUGCCAGGUGGAGCUGUGCGGCAACGGCAUCUACGAGAACAGCAGCCAUGGCAUCAGCUCCAAGGGAGAGGGUGUGAUCGUGGAGAAUGACAUCAUUGGCAACCACAGGUGUGGCCUUCAGCUGCUCCAGGCAGCAGACAUGAAGGUGACCAAGAACAGGAUCCAGUCGUUUCGGGACUAUGGGAUUGCUCUCUUUGAUGAAGCCAAAGGCCUGGUGCAGGAAAACCUCAUUUUCCAAGGGAGAGCCAAGAAGUCCAUUUUGCGACCAAUGUCAAAUGCAGAGGAUUGCAUCAUCCAAAACAAUGUGUUUCUCACUUUGAAGAAAAGGUGA